AUGGAAGUGGCUUCAAGAGAAGAGUUCAAUAAUAGAUUUUAUGAUUAGAGCUACAUUCACGAAGAUCAAACUUUGAACAAAUCGUUUGACAAAAAUCAGAAUAAAGUCAUUUUUGUUAAGCACACAGAUGAAAGAAUCCAAUCAAAUAAGAUAUCUUCAAAUGCUAAAGAACUAGACUCAAUUUUAAAUAAAUAUAAAGCUAGUCCUAAGCAUGUUGACAGCUCAUUCAGAUCAUUUUAUGAAAAGAGUAAUAGAAGCUCAGGGAGUUUGAAUAGCAAUAAAUAAAAUUCAUAAAAGACUAUUGAUUCUAAAAGAGGCUAUGCAAACUCAAAAAGCAACAAUCAUAGUAAUAACCAAUUAAAUACUUCUAACCCUAACCUAAAACAUCAUACCAAAUAAUAUUAAAAUUAUGUGAAUGAAGCUAAAAACACUAAAAUAAAUUAAGAAUCCAAAUACGAAUAGCAUUAAAACCUCAACUAAAAUAAAAUAUUUAAGUAACUUCAAUAUGCUGAUUAAAAGAAUGUUUUUCAUAGGUUAUCUCGGUAGAGUCCUUUGAAAUAUGAUAGUAAUAUUAAACCCACUUAAUAAAAUCAACUGAAAAAGUAAAAUAGCUAAAAUUCUAAAAUUGGGAAAGAAGAUUUAGAUUAUAAGCAGCAAGUUUUUAAAGAAAAUUAUACAUAAAAUAUCAACAAACAAUAUAUUUAAACAUUUAAUUCUCCCCCUAGAAACUGUAAUUAAUUUUAGAAUCAAAAAUAGUAAAGAGUAUAAUUGGAAAAUUCUAAAUCUCCUAAGUAGAUUAAUGACGUGAAUAGUAAAAAUUCAAAUGAUUCGUUCCUUCAUAUAAAAUAGCUUCAAUAGCAUUUAAACUGUUAUUUAGGAGAUAUUAGUAAAUUUAAAUAAUCAGAAAAAUAAAAUGACAACUAUUUUGCAAUUCCAAUGUAAAAAAGAAGUAACAGCAUUUUAUCUGUUUAAAAGGAAAGAUCCUCGCAUUCUCGUAGUAAGACUGAAUAAUAAACAAGAUCAACUUCUCCAUAAAAAAAGUAGAACUCUGAAGAAAUAUCUGAAAUUUAUGUUAAAAUGGUAGAAAUAGAAUGUGAGCAAAAAGAAUUAGAAAUGAAAUAAAAUAUAUUAGAGCAAUACAAAAAGCUGCUUAAGCAUAAAAUUGAAGCUAAAGAUAAAAAACAAAUAACAAAAAUCAAAGCGCUAUAGAAAGACUUGUAAAUCAACUUAAAUAUUUUAGAUGAAAAUUUAAAUGAUAUAAGCAAUAUUGAGGCAUGCGAUGCAAGUCAAAAUAAUUACAAUACUCCUAAAGAUAUGGAUGAAAAUAAAAAACAAAUCCGAUUUUAAUUAACUGAAGAAGAUUAGAUGUCUUAAACUGUAAAAAAUCUAAAAAAUUCAUAAUCAGCUAAAUCCUUCAAUAGCAAUCCAACAAAAAGUAACAUUAAAAAUAAGCUAGUCCCUGAAAAAACCACAAAAAAUUAAAUGUAAAACUAAAAGCAAAAAGUGAUAUAUUCUGAUCUGGUGAAGAAGGCUAAAAAUUAGGUUGAUUUAAAUGAAACUCAGCAAUAUAAACCUUGUCUUCCUAAUAUUCUAAUGUAGAAAAUUAAGGAUCAAGGCAAGUAAACUGAGAAAUAAUUAUAAACGAAUGAUAAAAAGCAAUAAAUAUAAAAAUAAAAAUCUCAAUCACCUUCAUAUUAAGAUCAAAAAAAAUAAAAAUCAACUAUCUAGCUUAUGCAGGCAAGAGAGGAUUUUCUAAAAAAAUGCUCUCAAUAGAAAAAAGACUAGUUGAAUACGAGAAAACUGAAUGUAAAAUAGUAAGAAAAUUAAAAAAAUGACAAUAUUACUUACAGCAGAUCAAAUAGCAGUAAACUCAUUAAUAAUAAUUCCAGUAAAUUUAUUAACUACACCAGUAAUAAUAUUUCAAAUAAUAAUAGCAGUAAUACUAUUCAUAAUAAUUCUAAUAGACAAAAAAUAUAAGUUAAUAAUACUACCAAUACAAAUGAUUAUGAAAAUUACCCUAAUAUAUAUAGCAAUAACAAUAAUAAAAAUUCUCCAUCUUUUUCUAAGUAAAAAUCCAUCACUAUUGAAGACACUAAAUAAUCAUCAAAUAGAGAUAUUUAAGAAAAUGAAAAUAUAAAUAGUAAUAGCAAGUUGCAAUAGUCUACUACUACAAAUAGCACUUUCUAAAAUCCAUCUUUGAAUUACAGAGAAUAAGUAUUUCCAAUUAACCAACAUGAUAUGAACUUAAAGAUUAAUGAACUUAGAACUUGUAUGACAGUAUCUAACCUUACAGCACAAGAAGAGGAAAAUAAAAAUUUAUCUUAAUUUAAUUAUAUUGUAAGUGAAAACUAAUGGAAUUCACAAGUUGAAAGCAAGGGAAACAUUUCUGCCAAUCUGCAACAAGCUUAACCUAACUAAUUCAAUACUAGCUAAUUUAUUUAAAGUAAUAAAAACAUUUAGCCAAUAUAAAAUAACUAUAGUUCGUAUACUAUUUAUGGCUGCCCUUCAUAAAAUGAUAACAAUAGAUACGCAGAAUAUAAUUUAAAUCACGAUACAAAUUAAAUUGAAAUAAAUUAGAGCAUUUCUAAUCUAAACAACUUAAACAACAAUCAACAUACAUCUCUAUUUGUUAAUGACCCCAAAAUAUCUUUCACUAACUUGAAUAUUGAAAAUGUGCAAAGCAGCCCAAAGUGGUAAGAAAAUGAGAAUAAUUUUAAUUGGAAAGGUGCAGCUGAUGGGUAAUUAGAUAAUGUUAUGUAAUGUUCUGCUUCUCAUAGUUAUAUUAAAUAAAUGAUUUAACAAACUAAUUCAACUUAAACAAAAAACGCUUUUAAUAAUAACGAGUUAAAAACAAAAGAAUUUGAUGAGCCAGAAGAUUUUAUCAAUAAAAAUAUUAAUUGGUAAUUUGAGAGAUCGUCAUAAAAAGAUAUUUAAGCUCUUUAAUAAGAAGAACCAUAUGAUUUAAGCCAAAUAAAUGCAAGUAGAUCAAUCAAUAUUUGUAGUAACGAUUAAUUUUAAGCAACAAUUCCUCUUUAUAUCCAGCAAAGAUCAGAUUCACCAUAAAACCAAUAAAACUAAAAACCUCAUACGAGUAAUAGAUUACAUGCUAACUUAUAGAAGUAGAUAAAUAAAAUAUUAGAGGGCAAUCAACAGAAUGCUUAAUAGAUUAAUUAAGAAAUAAAAUAUCCAACUACAGAGGAAGCAUGCAAUCAGCAAUAAAAAAUAUCAAAACCUAAAGAAGCCUUAAGUUAAUAGAACAAACAAUUUCUUAAAAUUUGUAAUUAAUAAGAUUUGAUAAGCAAUCAAGUCUUUGAUAAUGAAGUAUUUGAUAUUGAAAAUUAAAAAUACGAUAUUUUAGAAAUUCAAUCUCCUUAGUAUAAAUUAAUAAGAGAAGCAAGCUUAAAAAGUGAGAAACUCUAGCUGCUAUAAUUUUAACUUCAAGAGCAAUUACUAAAAAAUUUAGAAGAGGAAGAAAAAAAAAUAAGUUUUUUAUCUGCCACCUAAAAUGUAGUGGAUGAUAUCUCUUCAAGAAAUAUGAAAUGGCUGCAAAGUAGAGAAAAAAAAUUAAACCAAAAGAAAGAAUAAAAAAGUAAAAAGGAGCUAGAUGGAUGUACAUUUAAGCCUAAUCUGCUUAGUUAAAAGUAUUCGAAUGACAGUCACAGUCCUUCUAAAUUUUCUUCAAAUUCUCAUCUUGACUAAUAGCAGCUAACAAUAAGUAAUGACUCUAAUUUUUCAAAUAAAAGUAAAAGUCCAAUAGCAAGAUAUGAAAACCCAAGCUCAAAAGAUAAGCUAUCAAUAUUUUCAAAGUCUUAAUAUGGAAGCUCUUAAGUGUUAAGCAAGCAGAAUAGCAAUUCUUCAAAUUUUGUAUAAAAAAACAAAUAAAUAAACCCAAAAGAAAAUAAACAAUAAAAUAUAAGUUACCAAUAAAUGAAUUUCAAAAAAAGAGGAUCUCUUCAUAAAAUAAAUUGA